AGGAGUUCAAAGAAGCAAUAAUUGAAUGGACAGUAUUAAAUGGAUAUGAAAUAAAGUUUGUGAAAAAUGACUUGAUAAGAUGUAGAGUGGUUUGUAAAAAGAGGGAAAAGGAUGACUGUAUGUUUUUGGCUUUAUGUAGUCAAGUGAAUGGCCAACACACUUAUAGGAUUAAGACAUGGGAUGGGGACCACACAUGUCUUAAAGUAGGUGAAAAUAGAUCUGCCACAUCCAAGUGGGUGUCAAAAGCUGUUGUGCCAGCUUUGAUUUCUAAUGAAAACUUGAGGGUCACCACUAUAAUGGAUGACAUGAGGAGGGAUUAUGGUGUGGGAAUAACAUUUGGGAGGGCAUGGAAAGCUAAGAUGAUAGCUAGGGAAAUCAUUGAUGGUGAUGCUACCAAACAAUACUCUAACUUAUGGAGAUAUGCAGCUGAGAUUCAUAGGGCUUCAGAGAAAAACACAGUGAAAAUAAAUGUUGAAAGAGUGGGACCAACACUUCAGCCUAGAUUUGGAUCUUUCUAUUUUUGUUUUGAAGGAUGUAGGAAAGGGUUCUUGAAUGGUUGUAGACCUUUCAUAGGUGUGGAUGGAUGUCACUUGAAGACACAAUAUGGUGGUCAAUUGUUGAUAGCAGUAGGCAGAGAUGCUAAUGACCAAUAUUAUCCUCUUGCUUUUGGCAUUGUUGAAGUUGAGAACAAAGAAUCAUGGAGGUAGUUUUUGACCUUGUUACUUGAUGAUAUUGGUACUGAGAAGAGAUGGGUCUUUAUUUCAGAUCAACAAAAGGGACUUAUGUCUAUAUUUGAUGAGUUACUUGAAGUUUGUGAGCAUGUACUUUGUCUGAGGCACCUAUAUGCAAACUUUAAGAAAAAGUUUGGAGGAGGUACUGCUAUUAGAGACUUAAUGAUGGGGGCAGCCAAAGCAACAUAUUACCAGGCCUGGGAGCAAAAGAUGCAAGAACUAAAGGCACUUGAUUUGGGAGCAUGGGAGUGGUUGAUGCAGCAUCCUACUAAGCUUUGGUGUAAGCAUGCUUUUAAUUAUUACUCUAAGUGUGAUGUUUUGAUGAACAAUUUGUCAGAAGCUUUUAAUUCCACAAUAUUGUGUGCAAGAGAUAAGCCACCCAUUACCAUGUGUGAGUGGAUUAGAACAUAUCUGUUGAAUAGAAUUUCAACAAUUAGGUAUAAACUUAGUUCAUGGCAACAUAGGAUAAUGCCAAUGUCUAGAAAAAGACUAAAUGUUGAAAUUGAAUUAAGUGAAAACUGGAGGGUCAUUUGGAGAAUAGAUGAUGAAUAUGAAGUUAUAAAUUAUAUGGGGGAUAUCAGUACAUAGUUGAUAUUGGGAAAAUGACUUGUACUUGUAACUUCAGGCAGCUAGUAGGUAUUCCCUGUAGGCAUGCUAUUGCUGCAAUGGGUAAAAGGUCUCAGAGACCUGAGGAUUAUGUUGAUGACUGUUAUUCUAGAGCAACCUAUGAAAGAUGCUAUAGUUAUGGUGUAAGUGCACUUAAUGGUGAAGAUAUGUGGCCAAGUGUGGAUGUGGAAGAGAUGUUGCCACCUUCUUAUAAGAGAGGACCUGGAAGGCCAAAAAAAUUAAGAAGAAGAGAACCUGAUGAAGAUGGAAAUGGUAGAAAAUACAAGAGGCAAUGUAUUAGAUACAGAUGCACAAAGUGUGGUCAGUCAGGACAUAAUAACAGAUCAUGCAAAAAUGAAGUUGUUAAUCCAGAUGCACAGAAAAGGAAGAGGAAGCCACCAAGGAAUGCAGCAACUGUGGAAAACCAAGAUGCAACUGUGGAGAACCAAGAUGCAGAAAUUGGAAAUUCAGAUCCUAUCAUUGCUGAACCUAUCAUUGUUGAACCAGACAACACUGCAAAUGGAAUUCCAGAUGUUAUCAUUGCUGAACCUGCUGGAAAGCCUACUAAGCCAACUGUUAAACCUGCUAAGCCAACUGUUAAACCUGCAAAGCUUGCAAAGCCAACUGGAAAACCUACUAAGCCAUCUGCUAAGCUUGCAAAGCCAACUGUUAAACCUGCAAAGCUUGCAACACCUGUUAAUGACAAGAACCCUGUUAACCCUGUUCAGCCUCCAUCAAAGAAAAAAUCAGAGAUAAUCUAUGAUGUUACUCAACUCAAAAAGAAGGCAGCCACCAAAUUGACAUGGAAAGGAAGGACUUGUUGUGAAGGAUCUACAUCAAAAUCAACUUCCAAAGUGCUAGUUUACAAUUUCAAUCAUCUUAGAAGGAGUGGGAGGACAUGUUACUUUGGACCACAACCAAAGGAAGGUGCACCAGGAACUGUUGAAUCAAAUCCUAUUGAAGUUGGAGUAGAAGAUAAUGGGGAACUAACUCAGGAGAACUAG